AUGAGUACUAAUAAUCGAUUACUUCCACAUGGUAGGGCCGAUGAAUUGAAUAACCUAGAAAAUGCGAGCUCGAACAACAAGGGUGUUACUUUCACCCCACACCUUCUUCUUUCUAUGCUUGUUGCUUGUUUAGGAUCUUUGCAAUAUGGGUAUCAUAUGGGAGAACUAAACGCUCCUGAAGAUUACAUUACUUGCAAAGCAGAGUUAAAUCCAGGAUACGCUGAUUCUUUUCUAGGUAGGCUUGGUUUAGCUCAAUGUAUACCCUUGACUGAUUCUCAGUUCGGAUUAAUCACGUCUGUUUUCAGUGUUGGAGGAUUGAUUGGGUCUCUAGUGGCUGGACCAUUAGCGGAUUCUUAUGGUAGGAAACCGAUCAGUUAUUGGAACUGUUCUGUUGGAAUUCUUGGAGCAGUAUGUCUAUUUUCCAGCAACAACUAUCUUGGGAUGCUGUUCGGAAGAUUACUGGCUGGUAUUUCAUGCGGGAGUUUGAUCGUUGUCACUCCAUUGUUUAUCAAUGAGAUGUCACCGGUACAUUUGAAAGGGUCUUUAGGAUCUAUGAAUCAAGUAAGUAUAAACUGUGGGAUUCUAGUGACACAGUCUUUAGCUAUGUUAUGGGCUAACAUGUUGCAAUGGAGAUGGAUUCUUCUGUUCGGUGGGUUAAUCUCUUUACUAAAUUUUGGUCUCUUGUUCAGAAUAAACGAGUCACCAAGAUGGCUCGUUUCUAAAGGGAACAUGACAGACGCAGAGGAUGUUUUAUCACAAUUACGUGGCAACUCUCGGCAGGAGUCUAGACAGGAGAUUGAUGGUUGGUUGCAAGGGUCGCAACCGGUGAGGACGUUUAGUGAUUUAGAAGCUCAUACGAACUCUCAGAUGAAUCUGGGGUCCAAUUUGAACUUGGAGAGACCGUCAUCUACGAGAUCUUCGUUGAGAGAUUCGGAAUCGAUAACCGUUGUUGAAUACUGGAAGGAUCCGAAGUACAAGUACCCAAGAAGAGUCAUCACAACUAUAUUAAUGGCUCAACAAUUUUGUGGUAUAAAUUCAAUUGUAUUUUAUGGUGUCAAAGUGAUAAAGAAGGCAUUCCCUGAUACUGCAAUCAUCAUUAAUUUUGCCAUUUCGAUUGUAAAUGUAUUAAUGACUUUCUUUUCAUCUCCAUUGGUGGACCAUUGGGGUAGAAAACCACUAUUGAUCUCCUCAUCAACGCUGAUGUCAAUAUGUUCCUUUAUGAUAUGUUUCGGUAUCGUAGGUAAUGCACCAAUGAUACUAGUUAUAUUUGUGAUUCUAUACAUCACCGCAUUUGCUGGAGGGUUAGGUCCGAUUCCAUUUUUGAUUAUCAGCGAGCUUUCGCAUCCAGAGACCGUGGGUGUGGCACAAAGUUACGGUACCACGAUGAAUUGGAUCGCUACGUUCAUGGUUGGGUAUGGCUUCCCAGCCCUUAAUAGUGUUAUGGAUGGUUACGUAUUUUUAUUAUUCUCAGCUGUCGCCAUAUGUUUCUCCUUUUACGUGUACCGCUUUGUUCCUGAAACUAAAGGCAAAUUAGAUUACACUGACAUCUGGAAGAGCCAUGAUCCAAGAAUCGCUUAUACUCAGUGA